AUGACUUAUACUUUGCGAACCUUGUUUUUCAUGUUCUUUGCCUUGUUACUCUGUGCCAUUACAGCAUCAUCAGAUGAUGAAUCCUAUGCUAGAAUCCUCACAAAGUUCAAGAGCUCUCUCUCAAACACAAACAUGCUGAAUAACUGGAUUGAACCAGUGGAAAAUUUGUGCAAUGGCUACAAACCUAUCUGGACAGGUUUAGUUUGUGAUAAUGGUACAUUUACAGGUAUAAAGCUUGAAAACAUGGGGCUAGAGGGUACAGUUGACGUCGAUUCACUCGCAGAUUUGCCAUUGCUGAGCCUGAGUUUGAUGAACAAUAACUUUUCGGGGACAUUUCCUUAUAACGAUUUAAAGAAACUUGGGAAGUUGAGAAGUUUGUAUUUGGCUAAUAACAGAUUCAAUGGUGAUAUUCCAGAUGAUGCUUUUUCAGGGAUGAAGUCUAUGAGGAAAGUUGUGUUGGGAUUUAAUGAACAUACUGGUAAGAUUCCUAUGUCUUUACUGGGAUUGCCUAGGCUUGUAAAUUUGCAGCUUCAAAAUAAUCAUAUUGAAGGGAGGAUUCCAGACUUUUGGCAGCAGAAUUUGAUUGUUAAUUUUACUCAUAAUAAGCUUGAAGGUCCAAUACCAUCUACUCUUAGUAGCCAGGAUGCAAGCUCGUUUUCGGGAAAUAUCAACCUAUGUGGUAAGCCAUUGGAGCCAUGCAAACCAAAGAAGUCUAUACCAAAAAUUGCCUUCAUUAUAGCAGCAGUGGUGGGAGUUGCAUUAGCAGUCAUUAUAAUAGCUUUUCUUAUAUGCUGGCGACGCGAAAGGCCGCUAAAAUACGAGAAAUCGAUCGAUAAUCACCAUGCCGAAGAGGCAACUCACAAGGAUACUGAAAACUACGAGAAUAAUUUUGAACAGGGAAAGCUAUACUUUGUGAGGAAUGAUAGGGAAAGGUUUGAAUUGGAAAACCUACUUAGGGCUCCUGCAGAAGUAUUGGGGAGCGGAGGUUUUGGCUCUUCUUAUAAGGCUGAGCUUUUCAGUGGCCAACCAUUGGUUGUGAGAAGGUUCCAACAAAUGAACAAUGUGGGAAAAGAAGAGUUCUCUGAACACAUGAGAAGGCUAGGAAGGUUAUCCCACCCUAAUCUGCUGCCUCUCAUGGCUUUCUACUAUGGAAAAGAAGAAAAGCUUUUGAUCACUGAUUUCGUUGAAUAUGGUAGCUUGGCAAGUCACCUCCAUGGCAAACGAAGUCCUAACCAACCAGGUCUUGACUGGGCAACACGUUUAAAAAUCAUCAAAGGUGUAGCAAGGGGAUUGGCCUACCUAUACAAGGAGCUGCCAAGCUUAGGUCUACCACAUGGCCAUCUCAAGUCAUCCAACGUUCUCCUAGACAGCACAUUUGAACCAGUACUAUCUGAUUAUGCACUAACACCGGUGAUCAACAAGGAGCAUGCUCAGCGGUUCAUGGUAGCCUACAAGUCACCUGAAUCCACACAAAGUGACCUUGUAACAAGGAAGACAGAUGUGUGGAGCCUUGGGAUUCUGAUACUCGAGUUGCUCACAGGACGAUUCCCAGCUAACUAUCUGAAACAGGGUAGAGGACCAAAUGCAGAUUUGGCAACCUGGGUUAAUUCUGUUGUAAGAGAAGAGUGGACGGGUGAGGUAUUUGAUAAGGACAUGAAUUUAGGAAGGCACGGGGAAGGUCAAAUGCUCAGGCUUCUGAAGAUUGGAAUGUGCUGCUGUGAAUGGAAUGUGGACAGAAGGUGGGAUUUGAAGGAGGCUAUUGAGAAAAUUGAAGAAUUGAAGGAAAGGGACAGUGACGAUGAUUAUUCUUCCUAUGCAAGUGAAGGAGAAAUGUAUUCCUCAAGAGCACCAACCAAUGAUGGCUUCUCAUUUUCUAAUGCAUGA